CUCCACCGCCGAGUCCAUAUAAAGCCGCCGGCCCCAGAUUUUUUCCUCCCCGGAUUGAUUCGAACCUGCCACCGCCCCACCCGAGAUUUCUCUCUCUCUGCGCCGGAGACAGCCAAACCCUAGCGCCGCCGCCUCCUGCCGCCGGCCUGCGAAGGUGAAGGCAGAGGUGGGAACACAACCAAGAUGGCUGACGGUCAAGAGAACGACAAGAACAUUGAGAUCUGGAAAGUCAAGAAGCUCAUCAAAGCACUUGAUGCUGCCCGUGGGAAUGGGACAAGUAUGAUAUCACUGAUCAUGCCGCCCCGUGAUCAAGUCUCUCGGGUCACUAAGAUGUUGGGUGAUGAGUAUGGAACUGCCUCAAACAUCAAGAGCAGGGUCAACAGGCAGUCUGUCUUGGCUGCGAUUACCUCUGCUCAGCAAAGGUUGAAGCUAUACAAUCGAGUUCCCCCCAAUGGAUUAGUGCUCUACACUGGAACCAUUGUGACCGACGAGGGCAAAGAAAAGAAAGUCACCUUUGACUUUGAGCCAUUCAGGCCAAUUAAUGCCUCCUUGUAUCUCUGUGACAACAAGUUCCACACUGAGGCAUUGAAUGAGCUGCUUGAGUCUGAUGAUAAGUUUGGCUUCAUUGUCAUGGAUGGUAAUGGAACACUUUUUGGAACACUGAGUGGCAAUACCAGGGAGGUUCUUCACAAGUUCACUGUUGAUCUCCCAAAGAAGCAUGGACGAGGAGGGCAAUCAGCACUUCGCUUUGCCCGCCUGCGCAUGGAGAAACGCCACAACUACGUGCGAAAGACAGCUGAGCUCGCUACACAAUUCUUCAUCAAUCCUUCCACUAGCCAGCCAAAUGUUUCUGGGCUCAUUCUAGCUGGUUCUGCUGACUUCAAGACUGAAUUGGGUCAAUCUGACAUGUUUGAUCAGCGCUUGGCAACCAAGAUACUCAAUGUGGUUGAUGUCUCUUAUGGUGGAGAGAAUGGCUUCAACCAGGCCAUUGAGUUGUCUGCUGAAGUGCUUUCCAAUGUCAAGUUCAUCCAAGAAAAGAAGUUGAUCGGGAAGUACUUUGAGGAGAUAAGCCAAGACACCGGGAAGUAUGUUUUUGGUGUGGAUGACACAAUGGCUGCCCUUGAAAUGGGUGCAGUCGAGACACUGAUUGUGUGGGAAAAUCUGGAUAUCAAUCGAUAUAGCUUGAAGAAUUCUGCCACAGGGGAAACAAUUGUGAAGCACUUCAACAAGGCACAGGAGGCAGAUCAGGGCAACUUCAAAGACAAGGCAACAUCUGCAGAGCUGGAGGUGGUUGACAAGACCUUGCUCCUGGAGUGGUUUGCUGAAAACUACCGGCAGUUUGGCUGCACGCUGGAGUUUAUUACGAACAAGUCACAGGAGGGAUCUCAGUUCUGCAGGGGCUUUGGUGGGAUAGGAGGAAUCCUUCGCUACCAGGUUGAGGUGAAUGCUUACGAGGACGCGUCUGAUGAGGAGUAUGAUGAAGACUUUUAGCAAUCAAUUGAAACCCCAGUGAAUCCGGUCCGGGAGGAGCCUGUGCUGGCCUGGAACCGGAACGCGCCGCGGCAUGACGCCGAGGCAUCCACAAGCUCAUCGAGGAAAACUACUUAAGGGGGAUGAAGAGAAGACUUGAGGACGGGGGGUGAUCACCAUGAUCAUCAUGUUGAUGAAGCAAGCUGCGGCAUAAGUUAAUUCUUCUCGGUGAUUGGGAGAGAGGCUGCAUUUCUGAUCUCUGUCAGAAGACUAUCCUAUUUAGUACCGUCAUUACUAGUAAUAAUCAUAGCUAUAUCCUAUAAAGGAGCCUCUUAUAGUACUUGUGCGAGCUAAGCUGUCAUUCGUACUUAUGUGAGUCUUGAACCAGUCUGUGGGUUAGUGUUGCUGUGGCCUAUGGCUGCAGCUAUCCUUUAUUAUUCUGAACCGAAGUUGUGAUAGUACUUGAACGUGCUGGUAGACGCAACUGUGUCAGUGCGCCACCAUAUUUGAAAUAAAUCUGUGUUCAGUCUACAUUAAAA